AUGCUCAGAGGCUCGGACUCACUAUCAAGCUCUACUAUGCUGAGCCUUGCUCUAUCAGACGUUCUCUUCCCCACCCGUCCCACACCUGUCACCCAUUUAGGCGCUGUAAGGCGGCCGCACGGAAAGAGACAGAGGUGA